AUCCCCAAGUAUAUAACUUCCGUUUAUUUCGUUAUAAGAAACGCAAGUUUUUUUUUAUGUUUAAAAAAAAGCCUCCUGCAUCAUCCAAUCAACAGCUAUGACUUCACGAGAAAUUCAAAAAGAACCUGAACGUAACAAACGUCUUGAUGAUGAAAAUGUCGAUUUAAAGAUGAAGCAAAAAGAAUAUGAGAACGGUGUUAAUUCAUAUUGUAACCAUUGUACCGAGUUAGAACAACAAUUAGAGGAAAUAAAAUCUCAAAAUCAAUCAUUGAAACAAAAGAAUAAAAAUCUGGAGGCUGAGGCGUCAAAAUAUCAGUCAGCCCUUGGUAUAGCAACAAAUUUUGAUUUAAAUGUCGAUGAUCAAGGUGAUAGCGUCAAACUUAAUAAAGAUAUUUUAGAAUUACAUGAUACUUUAGAAAAUUACGUUACAAAUUUGAAACCUAAAAUAAAUGUUAAUAUAAAUGAAGCAAAAAAGCUUUUAAAUAAGUAUGGAUGUCAAACAAAUAUUUCUGAAGAAGAACCAAAUAAACCACUUAUCAAAGCUGUAUUACAACGUCAUGUGCUUGAAGAAAUACUUACCCAAGCGAAUUACUUUUUCAUGAAUUUCAAGUAUUCAAAUAAAGAUCAUCAUCUUGAAUCCGAGAUAGUGGAUCGAGCUACGUAUUUGACUGGUCUAAUGGAAAAACUUUAUAAUAAUCGUCUUGGAAAUGAUGAAAUAACUCGUCUCAUACCGAUAAGAUUGCGUCAGCAAGUUUAUACUGCACUUGGCACUAGAGGAUUUAAUGAUAUCAAAAAACCCUUAAAUAAUUAUUCUAAACAUAACUUUAUUGACAUUAUCUCGAAAAGAAUGAAUAAGAUAAUGAACCAAUUUCGUAGAAUUAAGGAUAAUGAAAAAAGGAAAUAUGUAAAUUCUUUAGCAAAAGAUUUAGUUCGAAAUGCUGUUAAAAUCUUUUAUUUUCGUUUACCCAUUCAAGAACCAAAAGCCGAGUAUCGUUGGUUUGAAAAUGACGAAAAAGUCAAUAAAUCUUACAUGAAAGGCAGUUGGAAUGAUGAUGAUAUUAAAAAUUUGGUUGUUGAAGUUUGUGCAUUCCCUAUGAUCUGUAGACAACAUCCAGAUGGUUUAAAAGUUUUUACUCCUGCAAAAGUUUUUACACGUCGUUAUAAAAAAAGAAAUCUGAUAGGAAAAUUUACGGAUAAAAUCAGAAAAAAGCUUACGCCAAACGAUAAUUCAGUUCUAUCUCUGCAAGGUGAUUACGGUUCAAAUGACUCUGAUGACUCUGGUGAGUCUGGCCAGUCCGAUGACGAUGACUCCGAUGACUCCGACGACUCCGAUAACUCUGAUGACUCUGGUGAUUCUGGCAACUCUAACGAGUCUAAUUAAAUGAUUAGAUGUCAACUAUUAAUACUGAAAAUUAUAUAAAAUAUCAAUACUCGAGAAAACGUCAUUAUAAACAAAUAAUACCUGUAAUGACAUGAGCUAUUUUAAAAAUAAUUUAAGUAACAUAUGUUCCGUAAAUAGAUAUUUUUUUUUUAUUUUUGAUAUUUUUUCUUAUUAUGCACAUUGUAUGUAUAAAUAUUUGUCACGGCUAAAAUGUUCUUUUUUUUUUUGUCAAAUUUGUUCAAUCAAUUUUAAUAUUAUGAAUGAUUAAAAUUUCUCUCCUGUUAUCAUUACCAUCAUGAUAGAGCUU